UGAGGAUCACAGAUACUAGUCUACUAUUGCGGAAGGCCAGGAUCGUAGAUAUUGGUGCUGAAGAUGGGUCGAGAAUAACCCUCGUUCACCCUCGCCUACUGCCGCGUGCUAGCCACGCCCUUUACUUUCUGACUCCAGUCCUGUUCACGUUCUGUUUCUUACUCUCAUUUUCGUGUCUUCGCGCCGACUAUCACCAGUGUUGACCCUUAUGGCGUUGUAGUAUACUCGUCCGCGUCAACUAUCAGUGUCAAUAUGCAUAAUUCGCUUCGUGAUUAAUAUUUUAUAAUAUCUUUUUUGAAAUACCCAUUGAGUGGGUUAUUCGUACAUUCCUUUUAAGCGAAUACAGCUACACGCUGCCAAAGUCAUGGCGACACCAGGAACAACACAGGCCUUAUUGGCCGCCUUCUUUUUCGGUAUAUUGUUUAACGCGGCGUCUGCGGGUUUGGUUUUGUAUGCUGUAGGUCAUGGUUCAGCAAUCUUUCGGGACGGCCUGAGGCUGGUCCUCAUACUGUUCCUGACUUCUUCUGCUGCAUGGGCUUUGGUCGAGUUUCUGGCUACUAUCAUCGAGCCGACUGCUGCGUCUAUGUGCCAGGUCGCGGUAGUCUUCUCGUCUAUUUUCGAUCAGAUGGCAAGGGUUUUCGUCGAACAGUACUUGGUAUGGGCAGCGCGACCGGAGAAGAAAUCAAUACCGAAUAUAGUGUCGCAAGUUCUCAUUCUUGUCCGGUUCGGCGUCGGCAUGGCAUUUAUCGGAUUAACACGGAGCGAUUUCAACCCUACCUGUGUGCCUAUUUCCAGCGUCCCGCCUAUUGCCAUUACCAUCAUCGUAUUGGAUGCUAUUAUCCUUGCUCUCAUCGCUGUUCAAAUUUUAUCGAGUGCCUCAACGAGCGGUGUUUCUAGUGAUGGACAGGCUCCCCUCGGAAAAAGAAGUGUUACUUUGGUCACAGUUGGGUUGGCAAUAUGGAUAGGGACGAGCGUAGUCCUUCUCCUCGGUGAGAGGGCAACGGAUUUGGUACUCAGGACGACGCUACCUGCCGUUGGCCUAGCAAUUUUAGUUGCAUUAGUUACUGUGUUCUCAGGAUCACUUGUUGCGCCUCGAGGCCCACCCCUGCGACGACCAGAUUCUCCAACUACUCGGGAUGUUGGUAGAGAUAGGGAUUUAUCGUCUUCGGAUUCCGCAGAUUAUCCCCCGUCCCGAUAUGAGGAUGUCAAAGCCGCAAAUACAACAACUAUAACAGCCUACGUCUCCCGAAAUGGCGCUCUUGGAACUGGUGCGUUUGGUAAGUCGAAGAAAAAUAUUAAGGGGAAGGCAUGGAAUAAGGCCACAGCAGGCAAACUCGUAAUCUCGAAACCGGUUCUUAUCUCACAGGAAGGCAUGGAAAACCCUCUUGACAGGAUAUCAACAGUCGAUCUUGCUACAGCUGCUAGAGAGGAAAAAGAGAGGCGUGUCAAGUUACUGCAACGCGAGCCAACUCUCAUUGCGCAGCGACCCGCCCCUCAGCCGCCUACUGCUCCGGGACGAGAUCAGUCGCUUGCUAGGGAGCUAAGUUUGAAACGUAAAGAGGUUGGGUCAUCGUCUUUAGCACAGCUGGAGAGAACCAUCUCGACUAAGACGACUAAGACAUCGGCGGGGCUAUCUGUCGAAGCAAAUGCAUCUUCUACAUCUUCAGAAUUAUCCCCUGGGACCGAACAGGUAAGGCGGAGAUCCCCGAGGUAUCCCCCGGCACCACCAAUACCAGCAACGUUCCAACCGAUUCGACCUGGUGAGCCGGUUCGUAUACCCAUUCCAAGACCCCGAGACCCAUCUCCAUCGCCAAAGGAACCAGAGCCAGUAAAAACACCGCUCCAGCGACGUGCCACAACGGGACUUCCGUCGAAUCCCAGGGCCCAAGCGAUGAAACAAAUCGCGAAGGAUGCUGAAAACAGCCGGCACGAAACUGUAAUGUUCAUCAACAACAUUAUCUAUGACGAUCCAAAUGCCGUCAGCAACAUUGUCCAAGGGGCUUCAAAAACACCAAUAACUUCCUUAGACUCUGGUGAUUCGGUUGUCAACCGUCCGCGCCCGAUUCCUAGAAAAGGGGACAAUGACCGUCAAGUUUUCCCUGCCGAAGUCUCACUGGCUCAGGGCCAUAAACGGUCGAAAUCAAGUGGCUCAAUUAUCGCUAGAAGGUCUAUGCUGCGGUCUGUGCCCGGUAGCCCUUCUCAGCUGCCGCCCUUACCGCCGCCGCCCAAAAGCGCCGGUAGUUUAUCUCGCCUUGGGCCUAUCCACACGAAGAGUAUGUCACUCGACGAGAAAAUGGAUUUGCUAUAUCCCACACCGCUUAGCGCUCCUUCGGCAUCAACCAGAAAUAAGCAGAAGUCUAUAGUGCCUGAUAUGCCUCCUUUACCGGCGGCGUACGCGAUGAGCACACAAAUACCCGAUGUCGAGGGUGCUCCCGACCGCGAAGUUCAUGAUGCUAGGCGGCUAUCCAAGACAACUGACAGAAGUUCGACUCGAACCACUAGUAUUCUCGGAAUCGACGACAUUCCACAGCAGGGUGUACAGAAGACUGACAGCUCUCAUAAUGCAGUUGAAGAGCUGGGUCAGUCCUGGCUGCCGGGAAUAUCAGCCGGAAAGGAAAGACGACCACAUCCGUCUCAUGAUAAGAUGAAUCGAAGAUCGUCGCCUGCUAUUCCAGCGGAGGAUCAAUCUAACGGGUUAUCCUCGAAGGACGAGAGCAAGGGACGAGAGGGAUAUGCCAGUACUAUUUGGGGCUCGGUACACUCUCCUAUCGCUGCUGUUAAUAUCCAGAAAUCGCGGCAAAAUGCUCAUUCGACGUAUAUUCAGAAAGAUACUCACAGCUCCGGAAAACAGAAGGAGCAUGACCAUCCUUCUAACGUCGUUAGUGGAGGUAGGGUUAGGGACUUCGUCGAAAACAACAAAGCUCUACCAAAGGUACCGACUAUCGAGAAAGUUAACACGGGUAGUUUCCAUCGUCGGGUCGGCGAUGAAUGCCCAGCUUUCUCUACUCGGAAGGGCAUGGGACGUUUAAGAAAGAUGCCUCCGCCAGCGCCUCUGAUUCUCAACGGGAGAAGUAACAAAAGAACAGUCCUAGUCCAGCCUGCGGAGCCCUCACCACUAGAGUCACCUGGAGCCGCGUAUCAGAUGAUUCAGGCUCAGCUUCAACGUUUCGAGCAACCGAUCCGGGAUUCCGUGGAUAGUGAAGGACAACGCCUGGCAUUGCUAGAGAACCUGGAGCGCGAGAUGGGUCUACUUCAAAACAAAUGGCAGUCCACACAGAACCUCCUUCAGCGCGAUUCCAUGUCGAGUAUCAAGACUUCUCCGGCGAAGGAUUCACGUCCUCCCUCGAUGACCGCCGAACGAAGAGUAUCACGAAAAACACCCACGCGAAUUGGGAUUACGCGAUCCAAAGACGAAAACAGCAUGGGCACACCCUCAUAUCAGAGCUCCGGAACAAGUUCCGAAAACACUCGCUCUGGUCAGUGGCAAGCCCGUCUCGCCGGUGCUCAGACAGAAGAAAUAGAAGGCACACCCGACUUGAUUAUGAAACACAACAACCUCAAUUUUCUAUCUGUUUCUAAGGCUGCGCUAGGUAGUCCGAGCCCACCCGAUACCGAAGAAUCUGAAUACGAGAGUGAACUCCCUAUGAGCAUACAACCACUAGGCCCAAGGCUAUCUGCAGCAGUGGCCCAAAUUCAUGAACUAUGGAACCCUCAGUCGCCCGCUCAGCGCCUGGUUAGCACAGGUCUCUGGGCUGGGGUGGUAAAGCAGCCUCAGACGGUCAUUGGAAACCUUGAGCUUCCGAGCCUACCACGUUCGGUAAGCAGAAAGACCUGGGCCCCAUUGGCUAUAGAAAGCUCUCGACUAUGGAAAAAGACCACCCAGAGCAACAAUACGGCAGUUUAUAAUGGUCUAUGGAAGAAGUAUACAGCGUCACAGAAUCUAGAAUCCAGCCGUGCUGUUACUCGUCCGGUCACUGUUCGCCCGCCUCGGAGAAACAAGCGCGUGUCUCUCCUGCCUGAUAUUCUAGAGAAUCCCGUGCCCUUACCUGACAAGCAGGGAACUUUAGGUCUCUUUCAGUUUCCUUGGGGCGAGAAGAGUGAAAGUGCCAGCAUUCAACUUCCACCACCUACCCGUAUGUUCGCGGCCAUGCCAGGAACUAUGACUACGGGGGUCCCAGUCACAAAUGCUUUCUCAAACACUAGGUCAAGUCAGCCGGACGCCGAAGAAUUCACAACAUCCUUCUUUGACGACUAUGAAGCCGAGGAAGAGGGUGAUAACUUUGAUAGCUUCGAAGAUUUCGCAGAUAGCGAUGGCGAGGAUUUCGACGAGAACACCCUGUGGGAGAUUGCAAGCUUGCUCAGGACUGAGGUACCCUCGAGGGAUAGUUUGCUCCUUCUCGCACAACAGGGUUCGCCAUCCGUCAAUUCUCCUGGAUUUGCCGACGACAUUAUUGAUACGAUCGUGGAUGACUAUAAUGACGAUGGCAUGGUCCUAGAGGAUCCGAUACCGAUAGAUCAAUCCUGUAUCUCGACUCCCGACCCUAUUCCCUCUAAAACCCUACUGUGGACAGCCCAGCUGAAAUCCUCCGAAACUCGUCACACCCUUGGUCUACCUCAGCCAGGUUCGGCAACCUGGGAGAGUUAUAGAACAGAACCCAUAGGAAAGGUCAAGGCAAACCACCGUAUUGAAAAUGUUAUGUCCAUUGAAAGCAUCCAUCUAUGGGAGCCGAGGGCCGAGGGUAUCGACCUUAACACUGGGUUACUCUGGAGUGCGUGCAAGUCGGCUCAUAUCCCUUCGCAAACAACAAAGGUGACUGUACCUACCCAGUCGGCAUCGCUAUGGGUACUGCCUAUUGCCGUUAUAGAUUCGGAAGCUCAGGGUCUGUUUGAUGUCAGCCGCCCAAGGGAGGAUUAUCGAAGAACCUCAAACGAGCCUGCUGCACUUUUCAUGAAGAAGAAGCCUCGCACAGUAAAAAUGCCACUGGGGAAGCUGGUAUCAAGAGCACUUUGGACAGCUAAUGGCCUUGUGGCCCAAUUACCACUACUAUGGCAAACCCCAGCUACGGUUGCUGUCUCUGAACAUGAUGGUUUAUUUAACAUCAACAUGGUCAGAUCCGACUACCGCAGGACUGAUAAGGAGCCCGCCGCUAUUUCCGUGGGGAAAACAACCUCCCGUGUGCUAGGGGGGCCGUUGGCAAGCCUUCAAACGAAUGAUCUCUGGACCAAGGAAAGCGUCUCGGAGCCCACUCGUGGUGCUGAGCUGUUCUUAUUCAAGAUGUCCGCUAUGAAAGCUUCCCAGCCAAUUGAUAGUGAGGCCACGCCCAAAUUUCAGACAGUGUUGUUAUGGGAGAAGCCGAAGACAAGCGCAGCGCCAGAGCACGAAGGUCUGUUUGAUGCCAGUGCUAUAAGAUACGAUUACCGGAGGACCUCCAAACCCCCAGCUGCCAUUGCGAUGUCCAAGAAAUCUCGUUCGAAUAAAGAGCCCUUACCUUCAAUCACGACGGCUAGUCUCUGGACUAGAGAGACCCCAGCCCCCAUCGUUGAGUGGCCUGUACCUUCAAAGGUUUCAUUGCCGAGCCGGACAAAUCUAUUGUGGGAACAGUCUAACUCAUCGGUCCUCAUGUCAAACUACGAAGGUUUAUUUGAUGUGAAUGUUGUCAGGAUUGAUUAUCGCAGGACCUCCAAGCUUCCGGCCGCGAUCAGCAUGACUCGAAGGACUCGCAAGAUGGGAGAGUCCCUUACGACCCCCAUGAGCACGAGGCUCUGGGAGAAGUCGGUCAAGUCAAGUUACGCUUCUGCCAAGACAAUUUCUCUAUGGAGUAAGCCCAUCGCGCCAGUAUCCUUCACAUCCGGUCUGUUCCAGCUCGAUCCCACUCGCAAGGCCUAUCGAACUACUUCCGCAGAACCUGUGGCGCUUCAGAUGAGCCGAAAGCCUCGCUUCACCAGCGCGCCUCUUCCGAUAAUUAAGUCUUCUCGUCUUUGGAGCAACAGUCAGACCACUUCUGUUGAACUGGACUGGAUGAUCAUUUCAUCUGUGCGGCCCAGAAGUCCAUCCGUCGCUUCUAUAUCUACAGUGGACUCGUUGCUCGUAUCCCCUGUGACAGAUUCAUCAUCAGUUAAGACGAGUACCACAAAGGCAUCGUCAGCUAAAAGUACUGGCAGUAUCUUGAGUGGCUGGUUUGGCAAAAAUAAGGUCUCAAAGACCCCCGAGAUGCCUGAGUUACCCUACGAAUUUACAGUAAAGAACUUAGAUGAGAUACCCCAGAAGAAGCCAACACACGCGCCCCUUCGCCAAUUACACCGACCUAGCAUCGCAUGUCGCGCGGACUGGGAUAACGCGCUACGAGAAGCUAUCUUAAAUAGCUACCCUGGUUCUAUGGCCGCUUUGAGAGCUUCUUACCCUCAGAACUGGGAUAGUGAGCUCCAAGCAGCCGUUAAGGCAAGCCACGUAUCACCUAAAAUUACCCGUAAAGUUGCGUCCCCUCGGGACUGGUCUAAUGCGCUUCAUAUCGCGAUCAUUUCUUCCUACCCGGAGAUUAGGUUCUCGCGAGGCCAAACCUUACCGUCACAAUGGAAUGCUGCACUCCAAAAAGCUAUUGCUCGAAGCGAAGCAGCUCAGCCCUCUCACCUCGAUGUUGCUGUUCGACAUCCCGUAUUCAUGGGCGCCAUGGAAACGACAGCAGAGACGAUCCACCCGGCGAUCGGUCCGAAGACGUUGAAGCGGAAGGAAAGCACCAAGAAGCAGGCAGAGAGCCACACAGCUAUCAUGUCAACCCCUCUGCUCUGGGAGAAGCCAGUCGAGGGAACAGUUGCUACUGCAAAUAGUUUGUGGUCCUCCAAGCUCGUGACUAAGACGGCAUCUUACUUCGAAGCCGGGUUCGACACGGUGCGUCACGAUCUGCGAAAAUUCAAUAAGAUUACUCAGAGGUCCGCGUUCGAUGUUGAGCCUAACUUCAGCGAGCAAGGUAUGUGGAGGCGUGGCAACAGUAGUAACCAGGGAAGGGAUUGGCUAGAGGAUUCGAUGAAGAAGCGCUUCACGCGCGUCGAGCUACGGUAUUAAGGAAGGGUUUCGAAAGGGUUGAUGUCAAGGAACGUUACGUAGGAACCAAUAUAUACCCCUUCAUACUGUACAACAUCUAAUAGCGGAGAGCCGCAUCAUAUCAUAUCAUAUCAUACCAUUCUUUUAUCCUCUUUUACAGUCUUUACACUGCAUUUUUUUUUUAGCGUUUGGAGGCGUGUAUAUAUCUAACGCAGCGUCACGCUUGACGAAGCCAAUAUGGCAAAUUCGAAAAAGUUUUUGUGUUCAAUAGAG